AUGACACCACCAAAUAUACAAUUUAUAUACGAGUCGUUGUAUUGUUUGUUGGGUGUAUGUGGACUGCAGUCAAACGAUAAUUCAAAGGUCAACGUUCAAUUGGUUCGGUUUAUAGUCGACACAUUUCCAUUGAGAUUGACUGUAAACUAUUUACACGAGGCAAUACGUUGUGACGAUCAUCCAGACUACCCUAUAUUGAAAUUGUUGAUUGAUCAAUCAAACUACAAAGAAGAGUAUGGUCGAGCAGGUGACUUGGUUCAACUGGCAUCUAGAUACGGUCGAUUUGAAACCUAUCCCGAACAUGGUAUUGAAGAUGCCAUCUUUAAACAUGCAUGUCUCAAUAGUGAUGUUGAAAUGGUCGAUUAUCUGUGUCGUCGUUCAACUAUAACACUUACAACAACUACAACUACAACUACAAAGCACUACGAUGAUGACACAAUACCAUGGAGUUUAAUGUCAUACCAUGCAGUAUCAAAUGGUUGUUUAAGUAUAGUCAAGUAUAUACAUCUAAAUAGUGGUAUACACCAGCACGCCAAAUCAUGGUCACUACUAGCAUAUCGAGAAGCAGAGUUUAACAAACACACUGAUUAUACUAGGAUGAGUAAUAAUUUUAAAUUUGAAGAAUUGUAUAGUUUAGCAUCAGAUGUAGAUGAAAAGGAAAAGUUGUUGGUUGCAUUGAUUGCUGGUAGUCCAGACUACUACUUUUUCAAUUUAUUGCAUCUCUUAAACAUCGAUCCACAGUUGGCUGACGCUGGCAAUCGUACCAAGUUUACAAAGCUAAAGAAAGAAUGGGCUGAUGAUAUAAUUGCAUACGACUCUACAUUGUUUGAACGUAUUGACACUCGUUACAAUCUACUUGCUUAUCAUGAUGGUGUUGCCGGAAGUGAUGGACAAAAAUCAUUUGAUGCUUUAAAAUCAAAGUUGAAUCUUUCAUUUUACUAUCCAUCUUUUACAUCGGUUUCAUCGAGCAAUCAAGAUGAUAGUUCUGCUCCAUCUUCUUCCUCUGUUCCAUCAGUAUUAGAGGAUAGUACAUUGGAUACUGAUGCAAUUAUUAAAAAGGCAUUAUCAGAUCGUCAAUAUGAUAUUAGUGCAUUUAAGAGUCGCGCACUUCCCUAUCUCGUCAACAAGGGUUUCACAUUGAAUGCCAACCAAAUCAAAUCACUCAUUCAAACCGUAGAGUAUCCACUCGUAGAGAAACCAGUCGAUUUGUUGAUCCAGUCACAAACCAACUUUAGUAGUGGCGCCCGUCUCUACAACAUGCUCACAAUCGGUCAGAUGCAAGAAUUGGCCGACAAGAAGCCAACCACCAUUGACACUCGUUUUAUCCAAGUAUACCUCGAAAAGUUGUUGCCAUCGGCCGAUCAUACCAAUUGGGAGGCCGAGCAUGACGUUGCCGAACACUACUACUCGAGUGCCUACAACUUUGUAAAAACACUCCCAUCAUCUUUCAACUCGUACAAGAUGGUUGUAUUAUAUCACUACCUCUCUCACCAAAUCCAAUACAAUGUCUAUGACAAGGAUAAAUUCAAUGAUUACAUUCAAUUGCCACGUGACCUACAUGGAAAUCAUUAUGUCACCCCACAAUCCAAAUCAGAACCAACCUCUAUCAUUCGUUUUAAUGAAUAUCUUUCAAUUAAAUUUACUCAAGUUUCUCAAUCUGAUGAUGAACAUUUAAUUAAGAAAAUAUUAAAGAAACUAUUUGAAAAGGAAACAAAUUAUGAUAAGUUUACAUCAUAUUUUACUCAGACCUUUUUAAAGUCAAUAUUUUCAGAAGUUAAAUUAUUAAGUAAUAGUGGAGAUAUGGAUAAAUGGUAUCAAAUGGUUGAUGAUCAUGCCAAGGUUCAAGCACUAAAGGAUCGUGUCGAUAUUGAUUUUAGUGUUGGUAAUCCAACCUAUUACAAUCCAGACGAUGAUGUAGUCAUUGAAUGUGCAGUUAAAAAUGUACAACAUCUUUUGGUAAAGGUGUUUGAAAUCUCUACAUUAAACUAUUACCGUGAAGAGAAAAAGUUGAUCGAUUCAAAGAUUAAUUUGGAUGGUUUGGUUGCAAAUUGGGAGGAAUCUCAUACCUACACUGAACCAUCCAUCCAAAGUGUAGUUCGUCACUUUGCAUUCCCACAACUCAAGGGCAAGAGAGGAGUGUUUGUAAUUGAAUUGAUUGGUGGUGGUAAAUCAAGUCGUGCACUUGUUCGCAAGGGUGAGCUCAACUACACCGUUGGUAUCAACCAAGUAGGUCAAGUCAUCAAAGUACUCGACGAAGACAAUGUCAAAUUGCUCAAAUCAUCGGUCUAUCUUGACGGCAACCGUUUCACAAGUGACGAGCAUGGUGAUGUGAUCAUUCCAUUCACUACUAGUCCCAAGGACAAACCCAUUGUUUUGGUAGCCGGUGACGAUGGUUUUGCAUCGUACAAGUUGUCAUUCUCACAUGCCUCUGAAGACUAUUUGUUGGUUGGUACUGUGUUUAUGGACAAUUCAACUCUGCUCCAAGGAGAAAAGGCACCCAUUGUAGUACGUGCACGUCUCUAUCUUGGCAACACACAGAUUCCACUUGCCAACCUUGAAGACAUUGUCUUGUCCAUUACAACCACCGACAAUAGUGAGCAUGCCAUCACCACCAACAAGGAGAUCAAGUCGUUUACAUUGUCUGACAGUCAAGACUCGGUCUACUUGUUCAACACACCCGACAAUAUUGCCUCGAUCGAUGUCACCCUCCGCGCCAAGAUCAAAGUGCUCUCUAAAAACAAUAUCACCCAAGACCUCUCGUUUAACCAAUCCCUCCCCAUCAACUCGAUCAAUCAAUCUGGUCAAAUCUCCAAUUGCUACCUUCGUCUCACUGCCAAGGGUUAUACAUUCCAUGUCCUUGGAAAAGGUGGUGAACCACUCACAAACAAACAAAUUACAUUUAAUUUUAAACAUUGGAUGUUAAAUGAUACCAUUACUACUAAUCUUUCAACUGACAAUAAUGGUAUUAUUCAUUUAGGAAAUUUAUCAAAUAUAUUAUCAUUUGAAAUUUAUGAUGAUCAUCAUUAUACAUUUUUAAUUGAAAAUAAUCAUUAUAAUUAUCCAUUAAUUAUUAAUGCACAAAGUGAUCAACUUGUUACUAUUCCAUAUCAUGGUAGAGAACAAACACUAUCAAAAUCAUUCUUUGGUUUAUUUGAAGUUUUACCAAAUAAUUCAUUUUCUUCAGAUUAUUUUAAAUCAAUUCAAUUUGAUAAAACAAAUAAUGAGAUUUCAUUUAAAUUACCACCAGGACAAUUUAAAUUUGUUAUCAAUACUGAUAUUUCAGUCGUAAUUACAAUCAAUGUUUGUAAUGGUAAUGUUCGUGAAGGAUUUAUUAUUGGUGAUUCAAGAGCUCUUAGUUAUCAUCAUAAUCUUGUAAAUGGUUUAAAUAUUAAUGCUAAAAUUGAUAAACAAAAUUUAAUCAUUAAAUUAAAGAAUCCAACAAAUAAUUGUAGAGUACAUUUAUUAUCAAGUUAUUUUUAUGGAAUUCAAUUGGAUAAAUUGGCAAUUGGUAAUACACCAACAAUGACUCAAGGAUUCUCAAAGGACAAGACUGAAUACUUUAGUGGUAGAGAGUUGGGUGAUGAGAUUGCCUACAUUCUCAAUAGAAAGCAUGCCAAGAACUUGUUGCCAGGCAAUUCAUUAAAGAAACCAAGCAACUUGUUGCAACCAUGGAGUGUUGGCAAGACAACCACCAAGGACGAGGUAUUGAGUAGUGGUAGUGACUAUGGAGCAUCGGAAAUGAGCAGAAGAGCAAGAAACAUGGCUGCUCCCAUCACAAGAGCUCAAACCUACUCGUCAGACUAUAGCAGUUACUUUGAAUUCCUCAAGAAUCCUUCGACACUAUUGUUGAAUUUGGUGCCAAACAAGGACGAUGGUACCGUUGUGGUUCCAUUGUCGCAGUUGAGCGAGUCGGGACCAUACGUGCAAAUUGCAGCAGUCGACAUUGACAGUGUCGUCAGCACACACGUGUUGCUCGAAGAACCCAAGACACUCCCAUUCAAAGACACUCGUCUUGUCAGAUCGUUGGAACCAUCCAAACACUUUACCGAAAAGAAGUUGAUCACUGACGUGCAACCCGGUCAAGCCUUUACCAUCCAAAAUGCCGAUAGUUCGGUGUACAAGAUCUACGAUACCAUCGACAAGGUAUUGUCGCUGUCAAAGACAAUCGCUCCGUUGGACACAUUGAAUGACUUUGGGUUUGUGGGAGACUGGCACAAGCUAUCAAUUGAACAAAAGAGGGAAAAGUUUUCAAAGUACUAUUGUCACGAACUUGCCUUGUUUAUCUUUAAAAAGGAUAAGGAAUUCUUUGACACAGUUGUCCUGCCAUUUGUACAGUGCAAGAUGUACAAGACGUUUAUCGACUAUUACCUCGUACGUGAUACCGAGCAACUCACAAACUAUGCAACCAGCAGUGCCAAGUUAAAGUCACUCAACACGGUUGAAAAGAUUCUCUUGGUUGAAGUGUUACCACAGUAUGCUAGUGUUGUCGACACGCUCAUUAGCGAGGAGGUCAGUCACCGUCCCUUAUCCGCCAUUCGUUACGACAAGUUGUUCAAGUCGGCAUUGUCACUCGACAUGGACGACCCCAAACCAUCGGGUGAUGGCGGUGCACCAGACGAAGACGGUGUCGAGCUUGAAAUGGACGAAAAGAUGGCUGAAGACGAGUGUGAAAUGGAUUUCAACACAAACGCUUCACAAGACUAUGCAUGUGAAUCGGUUGCCAUGCCUACCAUGUCGGCUGGCGGAGGUGGACCCGGUGGUAUGCAACUAUUGGGCAGAGCAGCCCCCAUGAUGAGCAUGGCAAUGGCUGCACCAGCACCCAUGAUGAUGGCAUUUGGGGCUGCACCCCCACCACCACCAGCAUCAGCAUCACAAUCCUAUGGUAUCGACAUGAUGUCCAAGAAAAAGAGUAUGGCACGCAAGGAACGUGAUGCACCAGCUCAAUUCUACCAACCCAUUGAAAAGACUGAAGAGUAUGCUGAAACCAACUAUUAUCAACAACAGUACACAUCGUCUGAAUUGAUCCGUCCCAAUGAAUUUUGGAGAGAUUAUAUCAAGUUUGUCAUUGCCAAUGAACAAUCCAAGAACCUUCAAUUUGUUUCGCGUUAUAUUGGUCUGUUGGCAGGUAGUUUUACAUCGGUUUUGUUUGGAUUGGCUGUAUUGGAUCUACCAUUCUCUUCCAAGGACAAGGAACCACGUAAUGUCAAUGGACGUGUUGCACACACUCCAACAUCACCCAUCAUUGUCUUCCACGAAGAGUUGGUCGAAGCUGCCCUCGAAGUGGACCACAACGUGUUGGUGAGCCAACACUUUUUCGAUCCCGACAACCGUUACUCGUACGAGAGUGGUGAAGGUAACGAGAUUUACGUGUCGGACGAGUUUAUUGUCAACAAGGUGUACGGUGCAUUGGUCGUCUUGGCCAACUUUUCAAGCAAGCAACGCAAGAUUGAUGUGUUGCUCCAAAUUCCAAAGGGAGCAGUACCAGUUGGACCCUACCCAUUCUACACUAGAGGAAAGUCAAUUGAAAUCUCUCCCUACUCUACCUCUCGCAAUGAAUUCUAUUUCUAUUUCCCAGAGAUUGGAUCGUACACUCACUUCCCAGCCCACGUCUCUGAAAAGGAUCGUAUCAUUGCAUCGAUUGCACCACACACAUUUAAUGUAGUCAAACGUCCCACCAUUGUCAACCAAUUGUCGUGGGAGUAUGUUGCAUCGAACGGCACCAACAAGUCAAUCAUUGAGUAUUUGGGCAAGGAGAAUUUGAAGCGAUUAAAGUUGUCCUAUAUCUAUGCCAAGCUGGUCGACCACGAAUUUUGGAAGAAUGUCAUCAAUGUGCUCCGUUCAAAGGGUGCAUACGACUUGACAGUCUGGUCAUUUGCCAUCUACCACAAGGAUGCAUCCCACUGCAACGACUACUUGUCCGAAGUCAAGCUCGACUAUGGACCAUCGAUCAACUGCCAGUUGUUGAGUAGCGAUCCACUCGACAAGGGUUCCUUCCAGUACCUCGAGUACUACCCACUCGUAAACAGCCGUACUCACCAACUCGGUGUCGAGCGCAAGAUCCUCAACGACAAGCUCAACGAAAAGUACAAAAAGUUUAUCAAUCUCUUGCUCUACAAGGCAUAUCCCUCUGACAAGGAGUUGUUGUCGUUGGUCUACUACCUCUUGGCACAGGAUCGUUUCGACGAAGCUGUCAAGAUCAUGAAGCGUAUCGGUCACGAUGCCAACAUUCCCAACAUCCACAUCAACCUUCCUUCACUCGACUCUUCUCCAAUGGUUCUCCAAGGUCAGUCUAGUACCGUCCCAGCUGUCUCUGACAAGGAAGAUAAAAAGAGAAAGAAGGCUGAAGAAAAGGAAAUCAAGAAAAAGGAAAAAGAAGACCGAAAGAAAAAAGAAAAGGAGGAAAAAGAAGAACUUAGAAAGAAAAAGGAUGAAGAGAAACGUCUAAAGAAAUUGAAAAAGACUGAUCCCAACACCAGUACCAGUACCACAACAACAGUUGGAGCAAUUCUUUCAAAUCCAACUACUCAAUCUUUAUCUGCCAACAUUCAACCAACUUCUUCUUCGACUGCACCAGUCUCUAUUCACUUGCACGAAGAAGAUGAAUGUAUUGAUGUACUCGCAUUUAAUCCACCAUCAUGUUUACCAGAAUUACAAAUCCAAUAUGAUUAUUUGAUUUCUUAUUUGGACUUUUUCAAUGGUACGCCUGUCAAGGCUAGAGAGUUGGCUGAAAAGUACAAGUCUUAUCCAGUUCAACGUUGGGCUGGUCUAUUCAAGGAUCUGUACAACAAGUUGAAGCAAAUCGACAGUCACGAUCAACCAGAACAAGUUCAAGCAGAGCAAGCAGCCGACAGCACAGACCAAAGUGAUCCAAUGGAUCGUGACAGACAUCACUCCAAACUCGCAUCAACUCAACCAUCAUUUGAUAUUAGUUUGGAGAGUGAUCGUACCAUUCUGGUAAACUAUAGUAAUCUUGGUGAUAUCACAGUAUCCUACUUUAUCAUGGACAUUGAAUUGUUGUUCUCUACCAAUCCAUUUGUUCAACAAUCGUUGGGUCAGUUCCUCUACAUUCAACCAAACAAAAAAGAGUCGUUCCCAUUAAAGGAGAAAUCGGGUACCUUUGGCAUCAAGAUACCAGCCGAGUUUUCCAACUCUAACAUUGUCGUUGACAUUGAAUCUGGAGGUGUCCACCACAAUCUCUCUGUCUAUUCCAACAACCUCUCUGUCAUUAUCAGUUCAAAGGCUGGUCAACUCCAAGUCGUACAGAAAUCAAACAAGAGACCUGUAAGCAAGGCCUACGUCAAGGUGUAUGCCAAGACCACAUCAGGAGGCAAGGAUGAAUUCUUCAAGGAUGGUUACACUGAUAUCGCUGGUUACUUUGACUAUAGCACAGUCUCUACUGGUCCAAACAUUAAUGAUGUUUCUAAAAUGUCAAUCUUGGUACUCCACAAUGAAUUGGGCGCUGUCAUUAGAGAAACUGCUAAACCUGGUUAUUAA